AUGCGUGCCUCCAUCGCCAUCGCGGCCGGCAUCAUCGCCGUUGCCUCUGCAGGAACCUCGACUGUUACCGAUGUUGUUGACGUUACCAUUACCUCAUGCGAGCCUACCGUUACUGACUGCCCCUACAAGGCUACCGACGAUACCUGGGGCGACUGGGCCACCACCACCACCACUGUUGCUCCCGUCAGCACCACCACCUCUGACCCGGCCUGGGGUGACUGGACCACCACCACCACCACUCCCGUCGCUCCCAUCAGCACCACCACCUCGUCCGAGGAGGUUUGGGGCGACUGGACCACCACCACCACUCCCGUCGAGCCCGUGAGCACCUCCACCUCUUCCGAGGUCUGGGGUGACUGGACCACCGUCACCAGCAGCACUCCUGUUGCCCCCGUCAGCACCUCGACUUCCUCCGCCGAGACCUGGGCCGACUGGACCACCGUCACCCUGAGCAGCACCCCCGUUGCUCCCGCCAGCGAGACUCCCUUCUGGCCAUCCAGCUCCCCGGUUGCCCCGGCUUCCGCCUCCGGCACUGGUGUCUGGACCUACAGCUCCCCCGUCAGCCCAGCUGUCGCCACCUACACUGGUGCCGCCUCUGCCAACGCUGGCUCUUUCGCUCUUGCCGGUCUUGUUGCCGUGGCCGCCGUCGUCAUCGCAUAA